CUCUUCUGUAAUAUUACUCCUUGGUGCAACGUUUCAAAAUCUUAGUCAAUCUUAGUCAAUCCCGUGAGUCCAUAGUGUGUUGUUGAGCUACAGCGGUAGCUGAAUACGGACGGACAUAGGCUUAAGAUGAGAAGCGGAUGAGCCACACAAUCAUAAACUAAGCAGGGGAACCGUCAAGGGAGUCAUGCACGAAAUUACAAUAUAUAAAAGGAAAAAUUAUCAAGGCAAAGCGUAAUUAUUACCAAUCAAGUUACAUAAUAACCUUGUUUUUCGCUGGAUGAUGCUCUCUACUUCAAUACGAAUCUUAUUGCUUCAAUAUUUCGCUCUAAGCAAGAUUAUACUGUCCAUUUCGAAAACCGUAUAUUCGACAGAUGUUGGGUAAAAUCUUCCGGGUAAAGAGCAUCUUGAAUGCCAAAGCAUUGACGACCGAGGCUUCUAUAUCUCCAAAAUCAAGUUCAAGAAUACAACAAUUUAGAAAGAGAAUAAAAAAUGGUAUUAAUGAAAAUAUACUCACGGACACAUUUGGUCGCGUUCAUACCUACCUUAGAAUCUCCGUCACAGAGAGAUGUAAUUUACGAUGUAUGUAUUGCAUGCCAGCGGAAGGUGUAAAGCUGACUAAGAAAGAAGGUAUUUUAACUACUGAUGAGAUAAUUCGCGUGGCUGACGUCUUUGUCAAAGAAGGAGUUACUAAAAUACGUUUAACUGGUGGAGAACCGACUGUCAGAAAAGACAUCAUUGAUAUAGUUGGUCAGCCCAUAUUACUUUUAUUUGCUUUUCGAAUGAAAGUAACAAUGACUACCAAUGGUUUAACGCUUACCCGUAUGUUACCAGCUCUUCAGAGAGCUGGAUUAGACGGUUUAAAUAUUUCUUUAGAUACUCUCAAGCAAGAUCGUUUUGAGCUAUUUACAAGAAGGAAAGGUUGGCCAAGAGUUAUAGCUGCUAUCGAUUUAGCUGUACAACUUGGAUAUGAUCCGGUUAAAAUAAAUUGUGUGGUAAUGCGCGGAUUCAAUGACGAUGAAUUAAUGGACUUUGUAGGUUUAACAAAAGAUAAACCCAUUGAUGUACGGUUUAUAGAAUAUAUGCCAUUUUCUGGUAAUGAAUGGAAAGAAAACAAGAUGGUUUCCUUUAACAAUAUGAAGCAAAUCAUUCGAACGAAGUUUCCUGAAUUUCAUGCCAUUGAGAAUGAGCCGAAUAAUACAUCUAAGGCAUACAAAGUACCUGGAUUCAAAGGCCAAGUAGGUUUUAUUACCUCAAUGAGUGAGCAUUUCUGUAAUUCAUGUAACCGUUUAAGAAUAACGGCUGAUGGAAAUCUGAAAGUGUGCUUAUUUGAGGGUAAGGGCGAAGUGUCCUUGAAAGAUGCACUGAGAAGUGGAGCAACUGAACAAGACUUGCGAAAUCUAAUAAGUGGAGCGGUACUUCGUAAAAAGAAGCAACACGCAGACAGUGCGAAAAUACGACAACUAUAUUCGAAAGAAUAUACGUCACAUAAUAAUAUAUGCAUAGCACACAUGGAACACAUACAUUGGAUUUCUCAGCGGAGUGCAGCCGCAAGACUGUAUUCAUCGUUGACGCAUGUGGAUGAAAGAAGUGGGAAAGCAUGUAUGGUGGAUGUUGGAAGGAAGAGUACAACUGAACGUAUAGCAAAAGCAAGGGGAUUUGUACAAGUGGGACACGAUAUCAGUAAGCUUAUUAAUGAAAAUAAUAUGAAGAAGGGUGAUGUACUAUCAGUUGCACAGCUGGCUGGGAUUAUGGGGGCUAAACGUACUUCGGAAUUGAUACCGCUGUGUCAUCCCUUAAUGAUAAACUAUGUAGACGUUCGUUUAAUACUUAAUUGGGAAAUGCAUAGAAUUGAAAUCACAGCGGAAGUUAGAUGCACUGGAAAAACCGGUGUGGAGAUGGAAGCUUUAACAGCUGUGAGCGUUGCAGCUCUUACAAUAUAUGAUAUGUGCAAAUCUGUUUCUGCGCAUUCCAUGCAAAUAACUGGCAUAGAAUUGGUUUCAAAAACUGGAGGUGCUAAAGGAGACUUCUUCAGGGAUAAAGAAAUUAUAUUACCCUGAUUGCACUAUUGCUCAAUUGAGUACAAGUAUAAAUAUAUGACUUAAUUUAAAGAACAAAUUUGUUAAGUGAAAACUCCUGACAUAUCCAAUUGUACUGUAUAAACUAUAGAAUGCUAUUGGUUAAAUUUUGUAUGUUCGUUAUAUACCUUUUCUAUAUUUUAAUAUCGUUGGGUGUUCUUUAAGAUGGGUAUUAAAAUCUUGUAUGAAA